AGCACUAAGAUGAGGUGAUGGAACAAAACAUAGGAUAUAAAUAUUUCAAUAUAUAUUCUGAACCCCAUCUCGCCUCAACUUUUUCAUUUUAAAUAUUCCACAAUUAAUAUUUUUCAGAACUUUUUUAUAUUUUUUUUUUUUUGAGGAAUUUGAGAAAUAUGGCAUCCUCACUAUACGUAGUAAAACAUAAUUUUAUACUAACAAUAAUGUUUUGUUUUAUGAUGAUUAUAAACUUCAAAUAUACAAGAGGUGAUCAACUAGCGCCAGCAUUGUUUGUGUUUGGAGAUUCAUUGGUUGAUGUUGGCAAUAAUAAUCAUCUUCCUUUCUCCAUUGCUAAAGCCAAUUUUCCUCAUAAUGGCAUUGAUUUUCCUACUCACAAGGCCACCGGAAGAUUCAGCAAUGGCAAAAAUGCCGCGGAUUUACUUGCUGAGAAAUUGGGGUUAGUGUCUCCACCACCAUACCUUACCUUGACACACACCAAAAGUAGCAACUUUUCAAGUGGAGUUAGCUUUGCAUCUGGAGGUGCUGGAAUCUUUGAUGGCACUGACCAACUUUACCGUCAAUCUAUACCUCUUACAAAGCAAGUAGAUUACUUUGGUAUAGUACAAGGGAAAAUAACGCAACAAUUGGGACAAAUUGAAGCACAAAAAAUAUUGUCGAAAUCAGUGUUUGCGAUCGUGAUUGGAAGUAAUGAUAUCUUCGGCUAUUUCGGUUCAUCCGCUUCUAGCCAGAACAAAGUCACCCCUCAACAAUACGUGGCUUCUAUGGUACUCGCUUUCAAAGGUCAAUUGAAGCGACUAUACGAUUUUGGAGGUCGAAAAUUUGUGAUAUUCGGGGUAGCAGCAGUAGGGUGUUGCCCAUCACAAAGAGACGGGAACAAAACUGAAGCUUGCAAUGAAGCAGCCAAUUUUGGGGCUUCCAAUUAUGACAAAGGACUCAUAUCAGCUCUUCAGGAUUACCAGACACAACUUAAAGGCUUCCAAUAUACUUACUUUGACACCUACGCCGUCUUCCUUAACCUCAUCCAACAACCGGCUAUUUAUGGAUUCAAGGAAGCAAAAGCAGCAUGUUGUGGAGGACUAGGAAAUUUACAUGCUAAACUAGCUUGUCUACCCAUCUCAACUUAUUGUUCCAACAGAAGUGACCAUGUUUUCUGGGACCUUUACCAUCCAACUGAAGCAGCCGAUCGAAUCAUCGUAGAUACGGCUUUCAAUGGUCCCCGAAAAUUUGCCUUUCCCAUUAAUGUGAAGCAGCUAGUUGCAGCUUAAGUAGUGUCAUGGUUAAGCUCUAAUCGUGUAGUACAUUCCAAUUCAAUAGUAUACAGUACGUCAUCAUGUUAAAUUAUUUUCACUGAGUAGAAGAGGGUAUUAAAUCAUUAAUUGCACAACAUCAUAUCUUACCCUUGAUUACUUGAUACAAAAAAGUUGUAUUUAGAGUGCUUAAGGAUUAAUCAAAAUGAAGAUAUAUACAUUAUUGCACCUUUUGUCCUAGGGUUUUGAAAAUAUUGUCAUGCAUGAAGAAGAUUAUACUCACUCUGUCUCUUUUCUAUGGUUACACUUUGACAUUCAA